UUUUACACCUUCUCUCAGAGGAGUCGUGGACUCAUUGCUCAGGAAGCAGCACUACUGUAAAAACAAGUAAGCAGCAGACAUGAACGCAGAAGCCCCCGCAGCAAGCGCCGCUGGCCCCAGCAAGGGACCCCCCAGGUUCAAGCAGAGGAGUGUCCGCACAUUCAAGAGCAAGGCCCCAAAGCCUGGCCAGAAGGGAUUUGGUGAUGACAUCCCUGGAAUGGAGGGUCUCGGCACAGACAUCACUGUUGUCUGCCCCUGGGAGGCCUUUGGUGACAUGGAGCUGAGCGACCUGGCAAAAUACGGCAUUGUCUAA